AAUACCAUUCUCUGAAAAUAGCACGCCACUAAGAGCUCACCCGUUGCGUGCUUGACAGGUGAGUCUUACGGUUGGCUUGGCAUAAUUACCAAGCACUUGUCUGUGAUUGGUCUGGCCGGGAACCUGUGCUCGGCAGUGUCGCGCCUCCAUGACAUAGCGAAACUUUGGGUGACAAACAACGAUGGCUUGUCCACCUCAACCGCACUACCACGCAUCCUAUCCAUACUCGACGCAGUCGUAGAAACCGGCUAAGCCCACCUCUACAAUAUGUCGCUUCCACGCACAACCCGCGCACUGGCGCGCUCCUCGGCAUUCACAUCGUCACGAUUCGCCGCAUCAUCCUUCGCUCCCCGCACGUGUCCCCAAUGCUCGCGAGCGUUUGCUUCAUCAACCUCGCACCGGCAGUCGUCUAAGCGACAGAUGCAGACUGCGACAGCCUACCAACCUUCGACACUACAGCCUCCACCGCCCCCACCACGAAACUUUGGUGUUCCGGACACUUCGAUAGCCGGUGGCGCAUCCGAGGUAAAAUCCUGGACGCCGUCAGGGUUUGUACCACAGCAGCGAAGCCAGGUACCGCAGCAAGAGCAGCCAAACGUUAGUUUGCCGGAGGGCGAGGCGCAGAAGACAACGGUAGCGCCGAUCAAGUCUGCGCGGCCAAGGAGAUACAACUUUGGGCCCAGAAAGGCGACAAUCAAAAUCUCACAGUCGGCUGUCGAACAUCUGCGCGAUCUGCUCGACCAGCCAGAGCCAAAGCUCAUUCGAAUCGGAACAAAGGCUAAGGGUUGCUCCGGACUUGCGUACCACCUGGAGUACACUGAUAAGCCGUCGAUGCUGGAUGAAGUUGUUGAGCAGGACGGCGUCAAGGUUCUGAUUGACAACAAGGCUUUGUUGAACAUCAUUGGGAGCGAAAUGGACUGGCUGGAUGAUAAGCUGAAUCAACGCUUCAUAUUCAAGAACCCUAACAUAACUGAGGAGUGUGGUUGUGGCGAGUCUUUUAGUGUAUCAUGAUACCCCUUUCAUUGUCUUAUGUAUAGUAUUCAGCAUUGGGUGGUAUGGCACGGCUUUGCAUAUGGCGUUCAAAUUGGUAGAAUAUGGUCUACUUUACGGUUGCAUUAGACAGUACAUAUGCAUAUCA